GUGUGAAUGGUUAAAAAGUCCAAAUGGAAAAGUCCCUUUUUUGGAGAUUGUAAAUUUGUAAGAUUGUUAUUUACUUUUGGUAAUUUCAGCUAAUUAAAAAAAAAUAUUGUAAAAGGAGCAAUAAUAGUUUUGAUCAUUCUCCACAACAGUGACUCCGUCUCCCUGAAACCCCAAGUAACAUUAUCAAUCUUCAUCUUUCAAACACAACCAACUCCUUCUCUCUCCUCAGCUGACCUGUUUCCGCCCAAUUCACAGAGAAAAUGAUAGUCGAAGGAAUCGAAGACGAAGAAAAAUGGCUUGCAGAAGGAAUCGCCGCUGUUCAACAGAACGCCUUCUUCAUGCUUCGUGCUGUGGAUUCAGAUAAUCUCAGAGAAGCUCUCAAGUACUCCGCUCAAAUGCUUUCGGAGCUCCGAACCUCUAAACUUUCUCCUCACAAGUAUUUCGAACUCUAUAUGCGUGCUUUCGACGAAUUGAGGAAGCUGGAAAUGUUCUUCAAAGAUGAGAGCAGGCAUGGUCUUUCAGUUUCUGAUCUCUAUGAACUUGUUCAGCAUGCUGGCAAUGUGUUACCGAGGCUGUACCUGCUUUGUACUGUGGGUUCUGUUUACCUCAAAUCGAACGAGGCUUCCUGUAAAGAUCUUCUGAAAGACCUUGUUGAGAUGUGUCGUUCUGUUCAACAUCCUAUUCGUGGUCUUUUCUUGAGGAGCUACCUUUGUCAAGUCACAAGAGACAAGCUUCCUGAUAUUGGUUCUGAGAAUGAAGGAGUUGGAGAUUCAGUGAUGGAUGCUGUGGAUUUUGUGCUGCAAAACUUCACAGAGAUGAAUAAACUUUGGGUUCGUUUGCAGCAUCAGGGGUCUGCUCGGGUAAAAGAGAAACGAGAAAAGGAGAGGAAUGAGCUUCGUGAUCUUGUUGGGAAGAAUUUGCAUAUACUAAGUCAAAUAGAGGGUGUUGAUCUUGAAUUGUACAGAGAUACUGUUCUGCCCAGAAUCCUAGAGCAGGUUGUAAAUUCUAAAGAUGAGCUUGCACAACAUUACUUGAUGGACUGUAUAAUCCAAGUUUUUCCGGAUGAGUAUCACUUGCAAACGCUUGACGUAUUAUUAGCUGCUUGUCCUCAACUCCAGCCAACAGUUGACAUCAAAACUGUGCUAUCUCAGCUAAUGGAGAGACUUUCAAACUAUGCCGCAUCAAGUAUAGAAGUAUUACCUGAAUUCCUGCAAGUGGAAGCUUUUGCUAAAUUAAACAAUGCCAUUGGAAAGAUUAUCGAGGCGCAGAUUGACAUGCCAAUUGUUGGGGCCAUCACUCUAUACACCUCUCUUCUUAUGUUCACUCUCCGUGUUCACCCUGAUCGCCUGGAUUACGUGGAUCUAGUUCUGGGUGCAUGUGUCAGGAAACUUUCAGGGAAGCCAAAGCUUGAAGACAGCCGAGCAACGAAGCAGAUUAUUGCACUAUUAAGUGCUCCACUGGACAAGUAUAAUGAUGCAGUUACAGCACUUACACUUUCUAAUUAUCCCCGCAUCAUGGACUACCUUGAUAAUGACACCAACAAAAUUAUGGCAAUGGUUAUCAUACAAAACAUCUUAAAGAACUACACUUGCAUUUCCACUGCUGACCAGGUAGAGGCACUAUUUGAGUUGAUCAAGGGACUUAUCAAAGAUAUAGAUGGAAUCUCAGUGGAUGAGUUAGAUGAAGAGGAUUUCAGCGAAGAACAGAAUUCUGUUGCGCGUCUUAUCCACAUGCUAUAUAAUGAUGACCCUGAUGAGAUGUUAAAGAUUAUAUGCACUGUGCAGAGACAUAUCAUGACAGGAGGACAAAGGCGGUUACCCUUCACUGUUUCACCUCUUGUUUUUUCUGCACUCAAGUUGGUCAGGCGGUUACAAGGUCAAGACGGUGAGGCAGAUGGGGAAGAGGCACCUGCUUCGCCUAAAAAAAUAUUCCGGUUAAUGAAUCAGACUAUAGAGGCUCUUUCAUCUGUUCCAUCCCCUGAUCUUGCAUUGAGGCUGUAUUUGCAAUGUGCUGAGGCUGCCAGUGAUUGUGACCUUGAGCCAAUAGCAUAUGAAUUUUUUACCCAAGCAUUCAUUCUCUAUGAAGAAGACAUUGCGGACUCCAAAGCACAAUUUACAGCUAUCCAUCUUAUAAUUGGUACUCUACAAAGGAUGAAUGUGUUUGGUGUGGAGAACAGAGAUACUCUGACACAUAAGGCAACAGGGUACUCUGCAAAACUUUUGAAGAAGGCCGACCAAUGCAGAGCCGUUUAUGCAUGCUCUCAUCUCUUUUGGGUGGAUGAUCAAGAUGGUAUCAACGAUGGAGAAAGGGUCUUGCUAUGCCUCAAGCGUUCUUUGCGGAUUGCAAAUGCUGCUCAACAGAUGGCAAAUGUGACACGUGGAAGUAGUGGACCAGUUACCUUGUUUGUUGAAAUUCUGAACAAGUAUCUCUACUUCUUCGAGAAGGGAAAUCCAAAAGUUACAAGUUCAGCAAUCCAAGGCCUUGUAGAGUUGAUAAGAACUGAAAUGCAAAGUGACACAUCAACUCCCGAUAUAGCUGCCACUGCCUUUUUUAACAGCACUUUGCGGUAUAUCCAAUUCCAGAAACAGAAAGGAGGUGUAAUGGGUGAAAAGUACGAACCAGUUAAACUAUGACUAUGCACGUCUGAUCCGUGUAUGAAGGUCUAGUACUGUAGUUGUACUUUGCAAGCUCGUUAAGCCAAGUUCCAAGUAAAUAUAACCGUAAUGGACAAGGAUGUUGUGACAGCCUUUACGAAGAUACUGCUUGCUGGAUCAAGAUGAAAAUAGUUUUUUUUUAGAAUGUCAAAAUUGUAUGCUGUGCUCAAGUUGUAUGUAGAUCUUUUUUUUCUUUCUUUUAUUCUUCUCUCUUUUAAAAUGUAUGAGUUGAUUUCUUUUAACAUAAUAAGGCCCCUCAGAAGACUAGGAAGAUGUUCAACUUCUGGGUAAGCAUUUGUAUAAUAAUAUACUUCGUAUAAAACGUUUGGAAACUUACUGAUCGAUUAAUUGAUUUCAUUUCUCAUUCAAAUUCCUAUAAA